CAAAGGGACAAUAAUUCUAAAAAAAAUUGUUCCAAUCUUCUUCGAUUUUUUUUUUUUGAAUUUGGUGCAUUCUGGUCAAACUUGACAAGGACAGUAAUAUUUAAAAGUCAAAGACGUAGAAGUUUGAAAAGUGGAUGGAUGCUGAUUCUAGGAACUUGCGUGCGCUAUAAAAUAUUGGCAGCAUCUAUGGUUUUUUAAUCUAGUUGACGCUUCAAAUUAUCGAAAUUACCAAGAUGACCCCAUAACAUUUUUCACAGGUAUUUUCAAGCCCCCAAAACGACAGUAGCUUUAUAGACUGUUUGUUAAAUCGUUGUGUUCCUCUCAUAUGAUGGCUUUUUUUGUUGUCUAUUGUUUGUCUAAUCACAUCCGUGUGUUCGCAAUGGAUGUUUUUUGUAAUCAUGUUAUUGUGUAGUGUUGUUUUUGUUUGUCAGGAAAAAAAAACAAAACAAAAAACAAAAGUAGCUGCAUAGACUCUCUCUCUCCAAGAUGAAGUUUCAUCUUGCUUUAAUGUCAAUAUUGGUCUCUCUUUUUAUGUUUUUUUCUCAAAGCUCAGCCUUUUCUUCCCCAACCAACACAUCCUCAUGCCCCAUGAGCCUAGAAAUAUAUCCAAAUCUACCAUUGGAACUUCUCUAAUUGCCAAAACUACCCAUGAGCUUUCCCUUAUUGCAUCCUUUGGAUGGAUGAACUGGGACCCAAGUUUGUCCCUAUUCAUUACAAUAAGGGAAAGCUCAAAGAAGCAUCUAUGAAUUUUCUACCUAGUUGACGUUUCCAACCCUCGAAAUCACAGGGGAAAGCUCCAGGAAGCUCUUACUAAGAUGGCCUCAUUAACUUCUCUAACUGUAGUGGCAUAGCCUCUCUCUCUCUCUCUCAAAGAUGAAGUUUCAUCUUGUGUUAAUGUCAAUAUUGGUCUCUCUCUCUAUUUUCUCUCUAAGCUCAGCCUUAUCUACCCCAACCAACACAACCUCAUGCCCCAUGAGCCUUGAUUAUUUCCAAAUCUACCAAUGGGACUUCUCUAGUUGCCAAAACUACCAUACAAACAACAUAACAGCCACAAAUUGUUGCCAAACCCUCCUCAGCAUAUAUGGUGUAGCCCUGUCCCAAAACCUAAAAGACACUUCUCUCUUCCUACUUCCUGACUUACCCACCUCCAUUUCUUGCCUCUCUCAAUUCCAAACCAAGCUCAACUCUCUCUCUCUGCCUUCCGAUCUCACUUCUGAGUGUUUUGAACCCCAGCAGUUCGUUAGCACCACCGACAAAUGUGCCCGUAUCCAAUCCCGGCAAGACUGGCUCGACCUCCUUGGGCCGUCCACCGGCCUCGACUUAAACUGUCGACAAGAUCUCAAUGACUUAAAUUACUGUGAUGCAUGCGUCGCUGCUGGCUUCCAGGUUCAAUCCAAAUUGAUUUCCAUUGAUGGGAAUAAGUCUCACUCCACAGAUUGCUUUUAUUAUGUGGUUCUUUAUGCAGCCGCCUUUGUAAACCAGCUGGGCCCCAAGAGUAUGGGUGUACUCUGGUGCAUCAUUGGGGUUGCAGCGCGUUGGAAAUUUGCAAGUUCAGGAUCGGAGAGUAAGGGCAAAUCCAGACUGGUUUAUUGGUCAGCUGGAGCUGCUGUCACCAUUUGUGUCAUGAUCACUUGUAUGUUGGGUUUGUGGUGCUGGCGGAAGAGAUGGAGGUUGAAGAAGAAUAAAUCAUCCAACGGUUCUUCGGGUAAUAUUGGGUUUGAUUCAGAUGACCAAAGAACACGCCAUCGUUGGCGACCCAAGUUUGAAGUGAAAAGGUUCAAGGUUCAAGAGCUUGAGAAGGCAACUGAUAAUUUUUCGCCCAAGAAUAAAAUUGGGCGAGGCCAGUUUGGGAUCGUGUACAAAGGGAUACUGCAAGAUGGAACAAUAGUAGCCGUUAAAAAGAUCACAGAAUCAGAAAAUCAAGGCGUUGCUGAAUUUUGCAAUGAAGUUGAGAUUAUUAGCACAUUAAAGCACCGGAAUCUAGUGCGGCUUAGAGGGUGUUGUGUGACGGAUGAAGAUGAGAAUAAUGGAAAUGGAGUGUGUUGUAGAUAUCUCGUUUAUGAUUACAUGCCAAAUGGGAAUCUCAAAGACCAUUUAUUUUUCUUGCCAGAAAAUGGGAAUCGGAUUGAGAUGAAACCAUUGACUUGGCCUCAAAGGAGGAGCAUAAUCUUGGACGUGGCGAAGGGUCUGGCUUACCUUCACUAUGGCGUGGAGCCUGCAAUAUAUCAUAGAGAUAUUAAGUCCACAAAUAUACUACUAGAUGCAGAUAUGAGAGCAAAAGUGGCAGAUUUUGGGUUAGUGAAACGGAACAGACAAGUAGUGCAGCCUCAUCUCAUGACCGCCAGAGUGGCCGGUACACAUGGUUACUUAGCCCCAGAAUAUGCAUUUUAUGGGCAAUUGACAGAAAAGAGUGAUGUUUAUAGCUUCGGAGUAGUUAUGUUGGAAAUCAUGUGUGGGCGGAAAGCACUUCAUUUGUCAUCCUCAGGAUCGCGGUGCACAUUUUUUAUAACGGAUUGGGCUUGGUCAUUGGUGAAAGCAGGCAAUGUAGAGGAGGUUUUGGAUGCUUCAAUGUUGGGAGAUAAUGAAUUUGCCAAUCCAAUUUCCAAGGGGAUAAUGGUAACAUUUGUACUUGUUGGGAUUUUGUGUGCUCACGCGAUGAUGGCCUCGAGGCCUACCAUUUUGGACGCAUUGAAGAUGUUGGAAGGAGAUAUAGAGGUUCCUGUAAUCUCAGAUCCGUCCGUUUAUGGUGGUGGAACAUAUUGCCUGAAUUGAGCUUUCAUACUGAUGAAAUAUGCUGCUAAACAAUGUAGCAUGUACUGACCGCCAAGGGCUGAAGUAAUGCUACAAUGCCCAAUCGGUUAUUUGUGGGACGUGCGACUCCAGUAGAUAGUUUCCAACAAGGUAGCUUGCACUACCCUUGUUUAUAGCUCGUUAUUUAUAUUAUAUUAUCUCUUUUCUUUGUUUUUCCUCCUAAAUAAUAAUAAUAAUAAUAGUGUUAUUUUUA